CGGUUUACUCGGCAGCAGAGGAUUCCUGAAUGAAAAUCAGCUCGGAAAAAAACAAGACUUGCUGUUAUUAUGGUCUACAACAGGCUUCUGAAGAGCGUAUACCGGUAAGUUGCGCCCGUGAGUGCUUUAAGACAUUUAUCAAAGUUACAAACUGUCAUUGAAGACACAAAUUACUUCUAUAUCGCAAAGAUGUUUUGUUGUGAUUAUGUGAAUACAUAAUGUCAUGUGUUUGACAUUUCACAUAUUACUUUAGUCUAAAAAAAAUCUUACGGUGAAAUAACUUUGUGUAGGACUGUUUCUUUCUCCAUGUCGAAAUCCCUGUAAAAUUGCAAAAUUUUCUUCCUGUUUACGUUUGAAAUGUAUAAUCGAAACUUAUAUCUUGUCUCACCACAAGAGGGGGAUAUUUAAUCUUUUUCUUUGUUUUUUGGACUUCUGCUUGCAUAAAAGGCAGCUGGGUAACUGUUUAAUAAAUUGCUUUAUUUUAAUGCUUUCAUCAUAGCCUUUGUGUUCACCAUGGUUCUAUGCUUAUAGUAAUGACAGUAAGUGCACUAUUUAGGGUGCAAACUUCUGAUAUCACUGCUUGUUGUCUAAUGACAAAUAUGUGACAUGAGUUUUGUAUUUUGUCAUUGAGUACAUGCAGUAAAAUGGCAGAAUCCAGUAUUUCAGUAUCUCCGGCACUGUUAAACUGUUCAGUGUGUUUGGAUCUACUGAAGGAUCCUGUCACUGUUCCCUGUGGACACAGUUAUUGUAUGAAAUGUAUCACUGAUUACUGGAAUCAAGCUGAAAAGAAAGUCUGCAGCUGCCCUCAAUGCAGACAAACCUUCAGUCCUAGACCUGCUUUGAAUAAAAACCCGAUAUUGGCUGAAAUGGUUGAGAUAAAAUCCCAAGCUGAAGAUGUGGACUGUGACGUUUGCACUGGAAGAAAACACAAAGCCAUUAGGUCCUGUCUGGAGUGUCAAACCUCUUACUGUCAGAAUCAUCUUGAGCAACAUGAGAAUUUUCACUCAGGGAAGCGAGACAAGGAUGCCACCAGAGGACCGGAUAUGAUCUGCCCUGUACACGGUAAAAUGAAGGAUGUUAAAUGUUGGACUGGUCAGCUGUUAGUAUGUCCUUAUUGUAAGUUGAAGGAGAUUCAGAGACAGAGAAUCCAGAAGAGAGAGAAGGAGCUUCAUGAGUUAAGAGCAGGUGUCGAGUCUUACAAGCGCUCUUCACAGACAGCAGUGGAGGACUGUGAGGUUAUAUUUACCGAACUGAUCUCAUAUUUUGAGAAAAGCCGCUCUGAGGUGACACAGCUGAUCAGAGAUCAGGAAAAAGCUGCACUGAGUCAAGCUGAAAGAGUCUUGAAGCAAUUGAAGCAGGAGAUUGAUGACCUGAAGAAGAAAGAUGCUGAGCUGGAGCAGCUGUCAUGCAUGGAUGAUCACCAGCAAUUCCAGCAGAGUUUCCAGUCGCUCUUUGCUCCUCCUGAAUCUUCAGACUCACCGAUCAUCACUUUCAGCCCUCUCCUCUCUUUUGAUUAUGUAGAAAGUUCUGUAUCCCAACUGAGAGAGAAACUGGAGCAUUUCUGCAGGGAAGAGUUAGAAAAGCUUUCUGAUAAGGUGAAAUACACAGAGACUAUUCCUAGCCCUGAUCCCAACAACCGGGAGCCUUUUCUUCAAUAUUCUCAUCAGCUGACACUGGAUCCAAACACACUGAAUGAACGCCUCCGUCAGUCUGAGGGGGACAGAGUGGUAACCUACACAACAGGAGCCCGACAGUAUUCUGAUCAUCCAGACAGAUUUAAUUCUUUGCUUCAAGUGUUGUGUAGAGAGAGUGUGUGUGGACGCUCUUACUGGGAGGUUGAAUGGAGUGUGAAGGUGGGGAUAUCAGUGUCGUAUAAGAGCAUCAGUAGGAAGGGACGGGGUAAUGAGUGUGAGUUUGGACGUAAUGAUAAAUCCUGGAGUUUGUCCUGCUCUGACUCCAGUUGUUCAUUCUGGCACAAUAAUGUUGAGACUAAACUCCCAGUAGUGUCUAGAUCUGCUAGAAUAGGAGUGUAUGUGGGUCAUAAUGAAGGAACUUUGUCCUUCUUUAACGUCUCAGAUACAAUGACCCUCAUCCACAGCAUCAACACCACCUUCACACAACCUCUGUAUCCUGGCUUUAGACUUUCUUUGAAUGGUAAAGUGACAUUAUGCGAUCUAACAAUGUAGUGGUUUCAAAUGCAGGUAAAGUAUGUGAGCAUGUGAGCUUACAGUAUCUGAUUUGAGGAUGUUUAUUUAUUUAUAAAUGGUUGAUCAAAUGAAAAUAAAAAGGAGACAUUGGGAACCACUGACGUAGAUGGUACAGAGAUGAAGUUAUAUUUUGUAAUCUAUAUUUGUUUACAGCUCAAGGGUAGAAUCAUUAACAGUAGGAUUACACUAAUAAUUUAAUUCCACAUAUUUUUUACAUCAACUUUUGUUUCACUGCUUUUGUGUAUGUGAUUUGUAAAUGACUUGUGUUCAGUGAUGGCUUGUGUCCCAGCCAGAAAAUACACUUUGGGCGCAGAUGGGUUUGAUGUGGGCUGUGUAUCUGAGUCUCAGACGUUUUUUUCCAUGGGUUCAAUAUAGGCCCUACAUUGGUUAGCCCAGAUGACAUGAACACUGCUUAGUGUGUAUAUAACAGGCUGGUAGAUAUAAUACUGAAUGAUUGCCUCUUUGUACAGUCCUAUUUAUUAGGGAGGCAACAAUACAGCUCACCCAUGUUCAAUACGUACCUCGGUUUUUUCCCACGGUUUUCGGUUCAGUUCUAAAGGCUUGGUUAUUUCAUUAUUCUAUGCUUAUGACAAUAAAUGAUAAUAAAGGUGAAUUUAAACUUA